ACCCGGCUGUCAAAUAUGGCUCCGUCCUACAGGGUGUGAAAGAAGCGACAGCUGACAAAGGGAAAUAAAUCUAUAACAUCGCCUUCCAGCUUCGUCCAGACAUCGCUGCUCGUGUGUGGAAGAGUGCCUGCCGAACUAUGAAGUGUGCCAGAGAGAGGAACUGACAGAAGAGGGGCCUUUAUUGUUGCUGACCAUCUGUUCAGAUCGAUUCUCCUCCCUCCCCGUCAAGCCCUCCACCCUGCAGCCAUGCUGAUCAACCCGGCGCUUGUGGAGUCCGCCAUCGUUCUAGCCAUGGUGCUCUGUGUUCACAUGGCCGUCUGGAACCAGCACUCUUGGUGCAGCAUAGCCCUUGUCAUCCAGGCUUUCUACGUGCAGCACAAAUGGGACCGUCUGCUCAAGUCAGGGGGGGCCGUGUUCCAGUUUCGUCCAGCGGCAAAUAGCGGCAUCGUCCCGGCCUCUAUGGUGAUGCCCUUGCUCGGGCUAGCACUGAAGGAAAAGUGCUCUGCUUCAGGGAAUGUCUACUUUGAGCGCUUCUCCAUGGUUGUCACCAUCACCGGCAUGAUGUUGGCUCUGUUUCUGUCUCUGAUUGCACUCGGCAUCACAAGACCUGUGCCUACAAACACCUGUGUGAUAGCAGGCAUGUCGGGCAGUGCAAUUCUUUACACAACCAAACAGACGCUGACUGUGUCUGAGGUCAUCGAGGUCUUAGAGGUACUUUUGAUCUUCGUCUAUCUCAGCCUGAUCGUGCUUUAUCUGCUGCCUCGCUGCUUCACACCCGGAGAGGCGCUUCUCAUCGUUGGUGGAAUCAGUUUCAUCGUGAACCAGCUCAUCAAGCGCUCGCUGAAUCUGGCAGAAGUCAAAGGAGAUCCAGUGAACUACUUCCUGCCUGUGGUCGUGGUCGGCUCACUGCUUUUAGGCGUUUUCUUUGCCCUGCUCUUUUGCUUCAUGGAGUCAGAGACCUGGGUGUCAUCGCUCUUCUUUCACAUGAUGACAGCAGUUCUGGGUCUGGGAAUCCUCAUGCCAUGGCUCUCCCUGUUCAUCGGCCGGCACCCCAUCAUGUGGCUGCUGGACUUUUUAACAUUAAAUGACAGAAGACUCUGUUUGUUGGGGUACUGGGUCUUUCUGGUCGUUUUAGCCACCUGUGUUGUGUUGCACCAGAACUACCAACGUCAGUCUGGGUCCAAGAAGCACCAAGCCUCGACUGUUGUCCGAAAGUACUUUCAUCUGAUUGUAGUGGCCACUUUUGUUCCAGGGCUGAUAUAUGACAGGCAACUGCUUCAUGUGGCAUCCGUGGGUUGUUUGGCAGUUUUCUUGUUCCUCGAGUACGUGCGUUACUUUCGGAUCCGGCCGCUGGGUCAGCUGCUCAGACAGCUGCUCACCCUGUUCCUGGAUGAACGUGAUUCUGGGCCUCUCAUCCUGACCCAUGUCUAUCUGCUGCUGGGCAUGUCACUGCCAAUAUGGCUGUUCCCUGGGCCCUGUGUGCCUAAGGGGAUACUUAUUGGUGCGGGAGGCCUGGUGCCUUAUGCAGGUGUGCUGGCUGUGGGCGUUGGAGACACUGUGGCGUCUGUGUUUGGCAGCACCAUGGGGGAAAUCCGUUGGCCUGGCACUAAGAAAACAAUGGAGGGGACUGCAACAUCUGUGUUCGCCCAAAUAAUUGCUGUUGCCAUCUUUCUCAUCUUUGAUGGAAGUAUUAACCUGAACUCCACCUAUUCAUGGAUUGUUGGCUCCAUCACUCUGGUGGCCAUGCUGGAAGCCUACACCUCCCAAAUAGACAAUCUCCUCCUUCCACUCUACCUCUACAUCCUGCUGCUGCUUUGAAUGGACAGACGUCCCAAAUACUCGCACAUUAAACCCCCACCCCAACCCUUUCUAGGGAAAAGCAACAAAAUAUGUUUUAGAAAUACAAAAAAAUCAUGAUUUUCAAAGGGAUAGAUGUCCCUUUUAAGAAUCAGUAGACUUUCAGAAUUUGUCCCGAAGAAGUUAAAGAUCUCAGUGGCAGCAGUGGUGAAUGGUUCCUGUGUGUGUCGUUCUCUUGACCCUCGAGAGAAUCAACAAUAAAGAUUCUUGAUUUAUGCAAAA